GUUUAAAAGUGAAAAUAUUAAAAUAAUAAUUAUUGUAAACUGAAAACCAUAAAAUCUAUUACGAUGUUUUCUUUUUGACCAAGUGAUCAGUGCAAAAAACUACAAUGUCGCUCGAAAUCCCGUUGAUGAGCACCGACGAGGUGAUAGAGCUUGAUCCUGAUCAGCUACCAUCCGGGGAUGAAGUGCUUAGUAUAUUACAGCAGGAACGCUCUCAACUCAACGUCUGGAUCAAUGUUGCCCUUGCAUAUUACAAACAAAAGAAGAUCGAUGACUUCCUCAAAAUCCUGGAGGCGUCCCGCGUGGACGCCAACAUUGACUACAGAGACUUUGAACGGGACCAGAUGCGAGCCCUUGACAUGCUGGCUGCGUAUUACGUCCAGGAGGCCAAUAAGGAGAAGUCAAAGGACAAAAAAAAGGAACUGUUCACAAAGGCCACUUUACUGUAUACCAUGGCGGAUAAGAUCAUUAUGUAUGAUCAGAACCAUCUCCUCGGGCGAGCAUACUUCUGCCUUCUGGAAGGUGACAAGAUGGGUCAAGCAGACACACAGUUCAACUUUGUGCUCAACCAGUCACCAAAUAACGUGCCCUCACUCCUUGGCAAGGCUUGCAUAGCAUUUAACAGGAAGGAUUACAGAGGAGCUCUGGCUUUCUAUAAGAAGGCUCUUAGAACCAAUCCCAACAGCCCAGCUGCUUUGCGCCUUGGAAUGGGACAUUGUUUUAUGAAGCUCAAUAAUCAGGAAAAGGCCAGGAUGGCCUUUGAAAGGGCAUUACAACUGGACCCACAGUGUGUAGGUGCAUUGGUUGGUCUCUCCAUAUUGAAGCUCAACUUGCAAGAGAGUGAAUCCAAUAAAAUUGCCGUUAUUAUGUUGUCUAAAGCAUAUGCCAUCGAUCCCAAGAACCCUAUGGUAUUGAACCAUUUGGCUAACCAUUUCUUCUUUAAAAAGGACUACAGCAAAGUCCAGCAUCUCGCUCUCCACGCGUUCCACAACACAGAGAACGAGGCGAUGCGCGCAGAGAGCUGCCACCACCUCGCGCGAGCCUUCCACGCGCAGGGCGACUGUGUGCAAGCCUUCCAGUACUACUACCAGGCCACACAGUUCGCGCCUCCCAACUUCGUGCUGCCCCACUAUGGACUUGGCCAGAUGUAUAUCUACAGAGGCGAUACGGAGAAUGCCGCACAAUGUUUCGAAAAAGUGUUAAAGGCACAACCGGGAAACUACGAAACUAUGAAAAUCCUCGGCUCCCUGUACGCCAGCUCGCCGUCACAGUUGCAACGCGAUAUAGCGAGACAACAUCUCAAAAAGGUCACUGAACAAUUCCCAGAAGACGUGGAGGCUUGGAUUGAGUUGGCUCAAAUAUUGGAACAAAAUGAUUUACAGGGUUCCCUGAACGCGUAUACGACAGCGAUGAAAAUUCUCAAAGAGAACGUAAACGCGGAUAUACCUGCGGAAAUUCUCAACAACGUCGCGGCGCUGCACUAUCGGUUAGGAAACCUGAACGAGGCCAAGAAAUACCUUGAAGAAGCCUUGGAGAGAGAAAAAGUGGACGCCGAGACCUUAGACGCCCAAUACUACAACUCUAUCGCUGUCACCACAAUGUACAACCUGGCUCGAUUGAACGAAGCCCUGUGCGUUUAUAACAAAGCCGAGAAACUGUACAAAGAUAUCUUGAAGGAACAUCCCAAUUACAUCGACUGCUAUUUGAGGUUAGGCUGUAUGGCCCGAGACAAAGGCCAAAUCUAUGAAGCAUCCGAUUGGUUCAAGGAAGCUUUGAAAGUCAAUACCGAACAUCCAGACACUUGGUCUUUACUCGGCAAUCUACAUUUAGCCCAACAGGAAUGGGGACCAGGGCAGAAGAAAUUCGAGAGGAUUUUACAAAAUUCUUCUACUUCCAAUGACGCUUAUUCCUUGAUCGCUUUAGGUAACGUUUGGCUCCAGACGCUGCACCAACCGUGCCGUGAGAAGGACCGCGAGAAGAGGCAUCAAGAGCGCGCGCUGGCCAUGUACAAGCAAGUGCUCAAGAACGACCCCAAGAACAUCUGGGCCGCCAAUGGCAUCGGAUGCGUUCUAGCGCAUAAGGGGUGUAUAAACGAGGCGCGCGACAUCUUCGCGCAGGUGCGCGAGGCCACGGCCGACUUCCCCGACGUGUGGAUGAACAUCGCGCACAUUUACGUCGAGCAGAAGCAGUACAUCAACGCGAUACAGAUGUACGAAAAUUGCAUCCGCAAAUUCCGUAUGCAACACGACGUGGAAUGGCUGACUUGGUUGGCUCGCGCGCAAACGUUCGCGAGCCGGGCCCGGGCCGCCCGCACCGCGCUCCUCAAGGCGCGCAGAGUGGCGCCUCAUGAUACGUCCCUGCUGUACAAUACUGCGCUCGCGUUGCGGAGACUGGCCGCUCAUGUGCUUAAGGACGAGCGUUCGGAGUUGAAAGUCGUGUUACGCGCCGUACACGAACUACACGUUUCACAUAGGUAUUUUACACGUCUCUCAAACGUCGAGGGAGCAGAGGGGGAAAGACCCGAGCGUCCGGAAGGCGCGGAAAAACGCGCCUCCGAGACAUCCGCCAACGCCGCAGCUUUGGAGGCUCGAACCUGCGCCGACCUACUGUCCCAGGCUCAGUGGCACGUGGCCCGAGCGAGGAGACAACACCAAGAGGAGUUGGAGCUGAGGGAUAGGCAGCGGGAGCAACGGGAGGCCUUCCGCAGGCAACAGGAAGAAGAGCGUAAGCGCCGCGAGGAGCAGCAAGCAAAGAGCACCGUGGAGCAGCUGCAGAAGCGACAAGAGUACAAGGAGAAGACCAAGAAUGCGCUGCUCUUCGCAGACAUGCCCAGCGAGAGCAAGAGCAAAGGCCGCGGGCGACGCAGGGACGAAUACAUAUCCGAUUCCGGCAGCGAGCCCGACCGCCCGAGGGAGGAAGGUCGCGAGCCGAAGCAGCGCAAGCGCAAGCGCGAGGCGGGCGAAGGGCGCAAGGGCGGUAGGAGUAAGAAGCGCGACCGCGGCAGCAACAGCGAUAGCGAUGCGCCGCGCAAGAAGGGACGCAAGAAGGGAGAAAGAGGCAUCGGACGUCGAGAGAAAUCGAAGAUGGCGGACGACAAACUCAGCCAGAAACAACGCGCGAAGAUCGUUUCCAAAGAGACGAUAUCGUCAUCGGAUUCGGACUCUGAUGCCGGCGGCCGCAAGUCUCGCAGCCGCAGCCGUAGCCGAAGCCGCAGCCGUAGCCGCAGCGGAAGCCGCAGCCCGCCCGCUAAUAAAGGCCGCAAGAGAAUUAUGUCUGCUUCGGACAGCGAUAGGUCUCGUUCCAAGAGUCGUUCGAAAUCUCGCAGCCGAUCUCGUUCAGGAUCAGCCAAGAGCCGUUCCAGAUCUAAAAGCCGCUCCAGAUCCAAAAGCCGUUCCAGAUCUAAAAGCCGCUCUAGAUCCAAAAGCCGUUCGAGAUCCAAGAGUGGUUCACGUUCCAAAAGCCGAUCGAGAUCUAAAAGCCGCUCCAAAUCUAAAUCCAAGAGCCGAUCCAGGUCCAAAAGUCGGUCCCGGUCCAAAAGCCGCUCAAGAUCAAAAAGCCGCUCAAGGUCAAAAAGUCGUUCAAGGUCGAAAAGUCGUUCGAGAUCCAAAAGCCGUUCGAGAUCGAAAAGUGGAUCUAGAUCGAAGAGUCGGUCACGAUCUCACUCAAGGUCAAAAAGCCGUUCGCGAUCCAAGUCCAAAAGCGUAUCGCGGUCACGAUCUCGAUCUAAGAGCGGUUCUCGCAGCCGCUCCCGCUCCCGCUCUCACUCGGGCUCCCGCUCUCGGUCCGGGUCCCGCAACUCUAGGCCCGCCACGCCCGAGUCCAGGAAGUCUGUGUCUGCGAGUGAAGAUGAAAAUUAGUUACUUUUGUAAAUAUUGUAUUGUUUAAUGUUACUUAUAUUCCGAUCGCUCAUUAAACGCCACUGAUUAGCCGCAAGAGCCGCUCGCACUGAAUUCAAUGUAUAUUUGGACUGCAGAAAGCUGCAUCAAUUACUGCAUUUUUUUUUUAAGAAUAUUAGCCAUGCCAACUUAUAAUAAUCAUAACUAAUACUCCCCUUUCCCCUCCAAUUAAGCGUA